GCCGUCCACACUUACCCGCGUCCUUAUAACCGCCCCUCGGCGUCCGCGCGACGGUUUCUACCGCCCGCCGCCACCAGGGUUUUCUUCCCCCCUCGCCUUCUUCCUCCUCCUCCCCACGCAAUCCACGGAGGAACCGAGAGCGCGUAGGAGCGCAGCCAUGGCGUGACCGUGUCCAAGAUUCUUCCCCGUCACCGGCUCCGUGUCCAGGAGCUCCGCCGUCCACGUCUUCCUCGCCUACGUCCAGGAGGCCGCUCCCGAACGACUACAGCCACCACUCCUUCCUCUUCGGCCGCCGCCACGUCGUCGUCAAAGUCCUCCGCCUCCGUCCGCUACUCGACCGACGGAUCACACCUCCGUGGUCCUGGCUGCUGAACAUGAUGGAUGAUGAUUUAUUCAAGUUGGACACUGAGCUUUUGGGGGUUUAUUCCGAAGAUGCAACCAAUGAUGACAAGCCCCUGGAGGAUGAACCUCAGAAUGAGCGGACAUGUGAUGAUGAUUUCAAGCACCUGUCACAGAAUGCAGAAGAUCAUGUGCCAGCCUUUGACGAACUUGAUGAAGAUAAUCUGAUGGGGCAGUUAUUUGCCGAGAACCCCCUGGAGCUGGCUAACUAUGCAAAGAAUCACGUGCCAAUGUAUGAUGAACAUGAUGAAGAUGUUCUGACGGGACAAUUAUUCGCUGAGAAUCCCCAGGAGCUGGCUCGGUAUACAGAGAAUCAUGUCCCAAUGUAUGAUAACCAUGGUAUGUAUAAACUCUUUAGUUUGAGGAUGGAUCUGGUCUGAAAUCAUUGUCUUGGGUCGACACCUUCCAACUUUUAAAUUGUUAAGUAUACAUUACUCAUUGUUGUCUGAAAGAAAAGGAGUGACUGAGAUAUAUCUACUAUAUCUAAAUAGCUAGCCCCCACUACAAAUAAUUCUCUCCCUUCUCCU